CAUAUAUAUAUAUAUAUAUAUUACACACAACAAAAAAUUAAAAAAAAAAAAUAUAUAUAUAUAUAUAUAUACUGUAUAUAUAUAAAUAUCACAAGAGCUAGCAGUUUGUAAACAGAGAAGGUUUGGAAGUGUGUUUGGAUCCGAGACGUAUCGGACCCACACUUCCUCCUCCUUCUAUCUUCUCUGCGUUCCUCCAUUUUUUUUUCUUCUUCAUCUUCAUAGGGAGCCGACGCUACGCCUCUUCAUUUUUUCUUCAGCAUCUCACCAGGUUAAGACGGGUGAUGCUCAAUUUUGGAACUAUUACAGUAUCCUUAUUUCUCGUGUUCCACUUGGAAGUGGCGUCUCGCAUGGAAUAGUAUCAAUUGACAGAGAGAUUUGUUAUCUGAGUCAGAGGAAUGGGUGCUUGUGUAUCAACUCCAGAAAUACCUAUCAAAAUGAGAAAGAAGUUUCCUGGUCGCCCUAGAAAGUACCACGGAAAGAAUUCAAGCUCUAUUCCGAAAAGAAACAGUGAUGCAGGAGCACGGGUAACAGAUAUUGCUGUUAGUGAGUUUGUACACAAAACCACAACCUGCAGAAGAUCUGAGUGCUCCAGUUCUAAAUUCCAUGUUACUCAGUUGGAAUGGCACCAUAGUCAAAUAGAUGCCAAUGUUCUUUGCCAGGAAGAUGCAUGGUUUGACACAGUCAGCAUUUUUGAGUCUGACUCAGAUGAUGAAUUCAGUAGUGUUCAUGGAGGUCGAGUUUCUCAAGUAAAGAAAUCAACAAUUAUAAGGCUCUCUCUGAGAACAUCUGUUGAAGAAGAAAAAAGUGGAUUUCGCGCACCAAGAAAAUAUCUUUUGCGUCCCAGGGCUGGGCUCAUUAUUCCUCGUUGUACAGAAGAAAAGCCAAUGGCAGGAAGUUGGUCUGAGAUUGAGCCCUCUACUUUUAAGCUUCGUAGCGAUAGUUUUUUCACAGAUAAGAAAAAAUCACCUGCUCCAAAUGCAUCUCCUUAUACUCCAAUUGGAGUGGAUUUAUUUUUGUGUUCAAGAAAGAUCAGUCACAUUGCCCAACAUAUCGAACUUCCUUCUAUAAAGGGAGAUGGAAAAUUACCUGCUCUACUAAUUGUCAACAUUCAGUUACCUACUUAUCCUGCUCCGAUGUUCAUUGGUGAUGCUGAUGGUGAAGGCCUUAGCCUUGUGUUAUAUUUUAAACUUUCUGAAACUUUAGAGAAAGACAUCUCUCCCCAGUUUCAGGACAGCAUCAAGAGAUUCAUUGAUGAUGAUACGGAGAAGGUUAAAGGAUUUGCGAAAGAUUCAAUAGUUCCUUUCAGAGAGAGGUUGAAAAUAAUGGUUGGGGUGGUUAAUCCAGAAGAGCUCGUUUCCAGUUCAACUGAAAGGAAGCUCUUGAAUAGUUACAACGAGAAGCCUGUGCUUUCCCGCCCUCAACACAGCUUUUAUCAGGGCCCGAAUUAUUUUGAGAUUGAUCUUGACAUUCAUCGCUUCAGCUACAUAGCAAGAAGGGGACUCGACGCUUUCAGAGAUCGUUUACAGCAUGGAAUACUGGAUCUUGGUCUAACAAUUCAGGCACAAAAGCCAGAGGAGCUGCCAGAGAAAGUUCUAGCUUGUGUGAGGUUAAACAAGAUUGAUUUUGUUGAUCAUGGACAAAUUCCAACGCUUAUGAGCAUUGACGAAGAUUAAUGUCCAUAAUAAUACAAUCAAUUAUGAAGAAGGUUUUCGCAUUAUAUAUCUCGAUACCUGCAUGUUGCAUGGGGGAGUUUUCAAAUGGUCCCUUGAUGAUCAAGCAAUUCCGACUUUCUAUACUAAGACAAGAAAGAAUAUUGUAUAAGAAAAGUAUAAGAAUUGUAUUCUGAAAGAUGAAAUUAAAAGGUGAUCAUGUUAAUACUGUAACUUUGUACGAUACCAGAUCUUUUAACUGAUCAUCCAUCAAAAGUCUUUUACAUUUACCUUACAUAAUUUAAUAAUAUAAACCACUAUCACAUACUA